UUGAAAAGGAUUUCCGGAAGUCCAUAUGCUAAACGAAAACAAGAAGCUACAAGCAACGAGCAGCAGGGUUAUCUGUCUACCGCUGGAAUAGUGUGUGACUGGGAUUUGAGUAUGGCUUUGUCAUUCCUUUUGGUCUUCGCUGCAACUGUAAUUCUCAUCAGACCCGAGACACCUGUAACAAAGGCCCUGCAUCAGAACUCUCUCGAGUGCUGCAGUGAGAAACAAAGAGUGAACAGUUCGUGCUCAAAUGACACUCACUGUGAACCAGGAUGCUUCAUUCGUGUCCAGGAAAACAGCAACACCGUCUGCAUUUUCUGCGACUCAGCAGCUGUGGACCUGGAGAACGUAACUGUCUGCACCUACAAUUACACAUUAGAGCGUAAAAACCACACAACAGUAACUACUGUCAUUCCUAAAAUUGGAGGCCCAGGUGUAGCGGCCUCCCUUCUUCUAGGAACGCUGUUGAUCAGCUUGUUCCUGAUUCUCUCGGUUGCCUCUUUUUUCUACCUCAAACGCUCCAACCGGCUACCAGGUAUCUUCUACCGCCGCAACAAAGCUUUCAUAUUUCAACCAAGCGAAACGGCGGUCAUGAUCCCCUCUUCAACAGUGAGGAAGCCAAGAUAUGUCAGAAGGGAGCGUCCCUCUGCAAAAUCAACUCUAAACAGCGCCACCAUACCCACGUCAGCCACAACUCGAGUCUACAAUGUCUAGAGGAAGGGGGGGACGGUGCUGGUAGGAGAGAAAGCUCAGGAACGAUGUUCAGUUUCCUCAAGAUGUGAAGUUGUAGAGAUUAAGAGAAGACCAGCUGACUGUGGAAACGGUGGCCAAAUUUCGCAACAGCUUCUUUGCUUCAUACAAGUCAAUAGAGCUGCUGCUUUUUCCCGUUUUUUAAUCAAAGAAUGGAGCUGGGAGAGAUCAGUAUCCACUACUAACCUGUCAGUCUUCAUUAUGCUCUAAAUCAACUGUGAAAAUUUUCAUUUUCAUUUGUGGUCGCUCAGGAGAAGGUAAUUGUGAACCUCUCGUCCACAACAUUGGCUCUGUUAGUUGAACCGGUUCUAUUCAGGAUCACUGGAAUUAAGGAUGUGCCUUGAAUGGAGGGCGUUGUGGAUCCUCUUCCACUGUGUAGGUCACAUUUCGCCCACCGCAUUAGACCAUCUAUUUUUCGCCUCCAGCUGAGAAAAGGUUAUUUUCAGGUUCGGAUCCAGUUUUUGGUCUAAACGCUCGCAAUUAAGUGCUUGCCCUGGAACCCAAACUCUUUCCAUAUUUAUAAAAAGCAGGGGGGACUGGAGGAUAAAUGGUUAAUAAUAUCCUGUUUCUUUAAAUUUAAAUGAUGGGUUCUAUGAAUGUAUUUAGUGCCACAGAGGUGAUAUAUACCACUCAGUGUGCAAGGAAAUGACGAGGCUACAGUCAGAAGAGGCCUGUCAGCUUAGCUUUAAAUGAGAGGAAAACAGUCAGCCUGCCCAUAUUUUCAUUCUAAUUUAUUCCAGUCUAUCCUCACUAAGCUAAGGCUAAGACAAGCUAAUUUAUGAAGCUGUGCGACACGGCGGACAUUUGUAAGCUAAUACGGAUGUUUUUAUGUUUGUGUUAUUUAUUUGGAUUUUGUAACCGUGCACUGAGUUUCACUGCUUAUGAAAAGCCAGCAAAGUUAAAGAUGUCUUCUUCUGUGAACACACUGAGGAGGGUAACAGCAGGCGUAGUGAAAAACAUUUCUCUGAAUGCAUUUUGAACUUUUACAGUUACCGUUGUAUUUAUUAUUUUUGUGAUCAACAAAGAUGAAUGUAUUUCACACAUCCAACGACGUGCACGCCACAGGAGUACGUGCGAUGACUUGCAUUCCAGAAGCAAGCCCACUCAGAUAUGAAAGCUUUCAUCUGCAAAACAUUUCCUCUAACCUAAAACUAACAAAUUAUUGUGCACUUUACUUCUCUGAGGCCUGGAGCCAAUGAUGAACAGAUUUUUAGAGGAAAUACUCAAAAUAACUUGUUGCCAUUAAAUGUGAUUUAGAUUUUAUUUGCUUUUGUUGUGUAUAAUGAUGAAUUGUUGUUGCAUUAAGAAUACGACUUGACAAACAUUGCCUUUGCCAAAUUACCUAUGAAAAUGGCUGUCACUGUAAUAUGCCAUACUGUGACAGCUGUGCCAUUGGGAGCUCCAAACCCAGUCAGGAAGCUUUAAGUCCCAAGAAAUUAAUUAAAACUGGCAUCUGAAAGAAUUUUAUCCAGUGGCCUUUAUCUACAAUCUUAAAGACGCUAUAUUUGGUAAGUGGUAUUGUGUUUUUUUCAUACUGUGAUUGAGUUUAGGUUGUUUUGUUCUUUUAAUUUGUAGGUAUGUUUUUACUCUUGGAAACACAAAAAAAAAGUCGUCCAUUUUCAGUACAUACAGACCAAUCUGAAAUAAUCCAAAAAAACGGCAGCAGUCAUUCCACAAAUAUUCCUUUUAACUUCAUGCAUUUAAUGAUGUAUUGACAAGUAAAAGAUAAAUAAAUGUGUAUAUAUUGUUUUAUACGAUUGUAUCGUUUUUGUAAUGAUGCACAUAUUCCAGUCUGAGUGCCAUGAAGAAAGUUGAGAAGAUGUAUGUAUAAUUUACACAAAUAAAGCACCUUUCCA